AUGGAGUUUGCCAUGGUGGGGGCGGACGGCGGGUGCAACAGUCACCUGCCUUUCGGGUAUGCCCAGUCGCGAGAAGGUGAGUCCGGUGCGGAAGGAGGAGACGGCGGAGGAGGAGGAGGAGGAGUAGGAGGAGGAGGCGGCGGCGUAGCGGGUUCCACCUGCACCUCCUCCAGCGCUCAUCUCCUUAACAACCGCCAGCAUCAGUCUCGCGCCGCCUCCUCCUCCUCCGCGAACACCAACAUCAGCAGCGGCGUUACCGCUUCGUGCCCCUCCUCCUCCUCCUCCUCGCAGCAGCAGCAGGAGCAGCACAGAGUUCUCAGAGAGCGGAAAAAGGAGCGCGGCGUCGGACGCUGGAGACGCAGCCGCACGACUCUCGGCGGUGACCUGCGCCACUCCGAGCUGGCGCUGCUCGGAUCCGAGGAGGACAUGAUGAUAGAGGAGGAGGCAGAGGGAGAGGAGGAGGAGGAGGACCGGGGAAGCAAGAGGUCGAGUUUUCUGUGUAACAUGGAUGAUGAGGAGGAGACCGUGUCGCUCACGGACCGGCGGCCGCACUCCGGGUACGAGAACGUGGACAGCGAGUGGGGCUGCUGCGAGCGGGUCGUCAUCAACGUGUCGGGCCUGAAGUUUGAAACUCAGUUCAAGACUCUCGCGCAGUUCCCGGACACCCUGCUGGGGGACCCGGACAAGCGGAUCAGGUACUUCGACCCGCUGAGGAACGAGUACUUCUUCGACCGGAACCGGCCGAGCUUCGACGCCAUACUCUACUACUACCAGUCGGGCGGGCGCUUGAAAAGACCCGCGAACGUGCCCUUCGACAUCUUCACCGAGGAGGUGAAGUUCUACGAGCUCGGCGACGACGCGAUACUCAAGUUCCGAGAGGACGAGGGCUUCGUGAAGGAGGAGGAGAAGCCUCUGCCGGAGGACGAGUUCAAGCGCCAGAUCUGGCUGCUGUUCGAGUACCCGGAGAGCUCGAGUCCCGCCAGGGGGAUCGCGGUGGUCUCCGUGCUGGUCAUCGUGAUCUCCAUCGUCAUCUUUUGCAUGGAGACGCUGCCGGAGUUCCGGGACGAGAAGGAGUACCUGCAGCCGCGCGUCAACUCCACGGAGCCGGACCACGGGUUCACUCCGUUCAACGACCCGUUCUUCAUCGUGGAGACGGUGUGCAUCAUCUGGUUCUCCUUUGAGUUCCUGGUGCGCUUUUACGCGUGUCCCAGCAAGAGGGUGUUCUUUAAAAACAUUAUGAACUCGAUAGACGUUAUUUCCAUUUUGCCUUACUUCAUCACGCUGGGCACGGACCUGGCGCAGCACCAGGACAACGGGCAGCAGGCGAUCGCCAUCCUGAGAAUAGUCCGGCUGGUGCGCGUGUUCCGCAUCUUCAAACUGUCGCGCCACUCCAAGGGUCUCCAGAUUUUGGGCCAGACGUUGCGCGCCAGCUUGCGGGAGUUGGCCCUCCUCAUCUUCUUCCUCGUCAUCGGCGUCAUCCUGUUCUCCAGCGCGGUGUACUUCGCCGAGGCGGACGAACCCAGUUCGCAGUUCACGAGCAUCCCGGACGCCUUCUGGUGGGCCGUGGUCACCAUGACGACGGUGGGCUACGGCGACAUGAAGCCCAUCACCGUGGGGGGGAAGAUCGUGGGCUCGCUGUGCGCCAUCGCGGGCGUGUUGACCAUCGCGCUCCCGGUGCCGGUCAUCGUGUCCAACUUCAACUACUUUUACCACCGGGAGACCGACAACGAGGACCAGCAGGCGGCGGCGGUGGAGAGCAUGCCGCCGGGAUGCCCGUACUUCCCGGACUUUUUACGGAAGUUUAAAGGCUCGCCGUCGGGCUCCUCGAUGGGCGACAAGGCGGAGUACAUGGAGAUGGAGGAGGGGGUGACGGAGUCGCUGUGCGGGCUGGACAAGAGCCCCAGUAAAGGGAACGGCACAGACAUAGGCAGGAAAAACAGCACGAACUCCAAAUCCAUUCAGACUGACGUGUGAUAUCACGAGCAGAGGUUCGAAUCCCGACUUUUUUAUUUAUUUGUUUUCUUGAAAAAAAGAAAGAAAGAAAACGCCCCGUAAAGAUACCGUAUGCCCAACAGCAGGUGUUUUUUACGCACGCGCCUCAGACUCCCAACACACACACACACACACACACACACACACACAUCCUUACGCACAAACACACACACUCACGCGGGGUCACCGAUUGGCUUGGUUCAUUCUCUCCAUCUCUGAAGGAAGUUCUCCCCGAUUAAUUAUGAUCAAUAUUCGGCAUGAUGCGUUGAGCGAUCGGACAUAUGCAUUCGCACUUUAUGAGUUCCAUCCGUCAACAACAGGGAAGAGUAAACAGGGUGAUGGGUUGUUGCUGUCAUGCAAUAACUUUAAAAUAUAAUACUUUGCACUUUCAUGUAGAGUUCUGCGCUGGGUUUGGGUUGUGUUCUUCUUUCAGAGACAGGAACUGAAGGCCGUGCUCACGCGGCCACAAUUCAGUCGUCCUCUGACCACAUUGUGGAAGAAUGUUGGAGUAACUUCCUCGGAGAGAGCAAACUAAAGAUAUUAAUAACUCGUCUCGUGCGCUGCCAGUGAAACGUUGGACUCCAAUACAGGAGAAAGAAAAAAGGCCUGAGACAGAUAACAUGCUCGCGUGACUGAUCCGACUCUUACACGAGCUCAAAGACACCAUCAGAUCAA